UCAAGAAGCUGUUCGAAACUUUCAAAUGUGCAUAGAGCGUAACGCGAAGAAAGCUGGAAGCCAGUAGGAGCCAUUUCUCUGCUACACCGUUGGUUUCGUCGCUUGCGAGCAUGGCGUCAGCUUCGGAACCAUGGGGCUCGACUAGCACCAGCGCUGUCAACAACACUGAACAAACUUUCGAGGACAACUUCAGUCCAGCGGUCACCAUACCGGACACGGAACACUAUGUGGCGGCUCUAGAGUCCAGGCUGGCCAGACUGAAGGGUCGGACCAGAGAUGUGACGGCGCGUGAAAUGCUUGCAGUGCUGGGAGAAGCGCGUCAUGACCACACCGGUCGUCUCAUUGCGUCAGAUCCGGUGCCGUCUGAACCAGAAGUCGCAGCAUAUUUGCCGAGCGAUAACUUCGGCGACGUGCCUAUUCAUGCGACUUAUCUUGAGAGGAGGCUGUUCCCUGAAAGGCAGGCCUUGACGCAAGAAGAGCUCAGGCACCUUCUCGAGGCUGACUUCUUGGAAAAGCAGGCCCUGGCAGCAGCUGUAGCAACCCCUGGGGAAGCCAGAGACAGGGCAAGCAUCUCUAGUGCCGAUUCAGAGCCUAACCGGUGAACAACACAUGCGAUCUAGGCGUCACCUCAUGGAAAUGAAUCCUAUAUUCAUGUUGCACAUUGUAGCUGGCUACUAUCUCGCAUUGCUGUUGCAUUUCUGUUCAGGUAUAAUGAUGCCUGAAUCUUCUUUCUCAUGUUGAUUUAGACACUUGUUGAAAUAGAUUUCUUUCCAUUGAUGAUUGUAUUGAAUAAACUCUUCUGUACAGAG